AGUGCGAGUGCAGACAACAGAAUCUCUGUGGUGAUCACUGAUCGAUCAGAUUUUUCAGUGUACUCUACAGAAAGUACAAACAAACUAGGGACAACUAAAGGUAGACUUGAACUGAAGCUUGAAGAGUCGUGGAAAGUUUAUUGCAUUGAAAACUUGUGACAUUUUGGUGUAUUUGUUAGCAAUCUUUAUUCAUUGAGUUGAUUCAUUGUAGUACAGUUAAUUUGUGUAGAAAGACUUCUCCCCAGUUAAGCUUAGCCUAGGCCUAUUCCUAUUUGUAUGUAGGCCUGUAUUCAACAAAAACCAUCCAAAAGCUUCUAGGCCUAUGACACUGUGGAGUAUGUGUAAACGAAGAUAGUCUGGAAUUGAAUUAACAUAAUCUUGUGUAAUUGUGUCAUCUUUUCCCUAAUUAUUGUAGGCCUAGUAGUCAUGUCUUCUUGGCUUGAAAAUCUGACUACUGCUGGGAAUGUGCUACAAAAAAUGUUUAGCAAUACCAGUCCACCAAAUAAAGUUCUGGAGGUGAAGUCUGAUAAGUAUAGCAACAGAACUGUAAUAUGCAGGGAAGACAACAUUGUGUUUUAUGGACCAACAAACAAUGACAAUAAAUAUGAAAUUGUUAUUCUAAGAGCAUACUGUGACCUAGCCUACAGUUUAUACCGCUCUGAAGUGAAGGAUGAAGUUGAAAUUCGUUUUUUGCAGUACAAGGACAAAAUACCUGUUCUAAUAUCAAUCUCUGCAACGGUCAACUCUCUGAGUGGCAUCCAGAAAGUUUGUGACGUAAUUCAAGACCAUCCAUCAUGGACUAUCACACACUUGGCUGUCUUCUUGAACCUGACAGACUGCUUGAAUUCAGAACAAGUUCUUAGUCACCUCAACACACCCGAUGCACUGAAGGGGGAGUCUCCGCUGAUGUUGGCCAUCAAAGAGCAGCAGCUGGCCGUAGUCAAGGCACUGGUCAACGCCAAGGCUUCCCUGGAACAUCUAGACCACGAGGCCAACUCUGUGUUCCACUAUGCAGCGUCUACCAAUAAGGAUAUCAUACUGGCUCUGCUGACCAGCGGACAGCCCAGGUGUCUCAACUACCGCAACAUCUGUGGCUACACUCCGCUCCACAUUGCGUGUCUGGCUGACAAGCCGGACUGUGUGCAGACGCUGCUGGCGCAAGGAGCCGACGUCAAUAUCUCAGCGACCAAGGGACAGAUCAGCACCAUGCCGCCAGGAUUUGUUGGUGACUUUAUGGAAGGCAACGCUAAGAAGCUCUAUGUGCAGGAUAUGAAGUUUGGCGGGACCCCUUUACACUGGGCAUCUUCUCGUGAAGUUAUUGAGCAGCUGGUAGAUCGCAACUGUGACCUCAACGUCCUUAAUUUUGACAAGCGAACAGCACUACAUGUCAUGGUGAUGAGAAACAGGCUGGAUUGUGUUGUGGCACUACUGAGUAGACACGCAGACCCAGACAUAGGAGAUGUAGAUGGCAACACUGCAUUACAUUUUGCUGUUAAAGCCAAUAAUAUCCCUGUUAUUCAAGCACUCAUUGUGUUUGGUGCCGAUCUUUCAUCCAUGAACAAUGAAGGCCACACAGUCAGACACUUUGCUGCUCAAGAAACAGACGAAGUCAGUAACAAGGUGCUGUUUCUACUACAUGCUGUAGGAGCACCGAGGUGUGUACCUGACAUACACGGUUGUACAGAAGGAUGUUUACCAAAUGGCACCAGGGAUGGCAUACCACCUCCAGAUCCACCCUGUGCUCAGGUACGAGCCAUUAUGAAGUGUUUCCAGCAAGGUAGUGCAGGUGGAGGAGGGAGUAGAGACACUGUGGGUGGGCGAGUGUUGUGUCUGGACGGAGGAGGGAUCAGAGGCCUGGUGCUGGUCACUAUACUGCUACAUGUGGAGGCUAGAGUGCAGCAACCCAUCAUACACUCCUUCGACUGGAUUGCUGGUACCUCUACUGGUGCCAUUCUAGCCCUAGCACUUGCUGCAGGCAAGUCACUCAAGGACUGUUUGUGCCUGUAUUUCCGCAUGAAGGAGUACGCAUUCGUAGGACCCAAGCCAUACCCCAGUGAACCCCUAGAGACAAUGCUGCAGCAGGCACUUGGCACAGAGACUGUCAUGGCUGACACUGAACAUCCCAAGUUGAUAAUCACUGGAGUUCUCGCAGAUAGAAAGCCAGUAGAUUUGCACUUGUUCCGCAACUACCCAUCGCCAAGUGAAUUGCUGGAUCCGCAUGACGCAAGCAGAGGAGACUACCCAGCGCCGGCCUCGCGAUAUGAACAGCUAGUAUGGAAGGCGGCACGUGCCAGUGGGGCGGCACCAUCCUACUUUAGGGCGUUUGGUCGGUACAUUGACGGAGGUUUGAUUGCCAACAACCCGACUAUGGAUGCAUUGACAGAGAUACAUGAGUACAACACGGCACUACGCUGUUUAGGACGGGAUGCUGAGGUGAAGCCUCCUACAGUAGUGGUGUCAGUGGGCACUGGCUGCAUACCAGUCAAACAGCUGCCACCAGUUGACGUGUUCAGGCCUGAGAGUAUGUGGGACACUGCCAGACUGGUUAUGGGUAUCUCAGCACUAGGUACACUACUGGUGGACCAAGCUACCCUGGCUGAUGGCAGAGUCAUUGACAGGUGUAAUGCCUGGUGCAGUAUGAUCGGUGUUCCAUACUUCAGAUUUUCACCGCAAUUAUCAGAAGACGUCGCAAUGGAUGAAAAAAAUGAUGCGAAGCUGGUGAACAUGCUUUGGGAGACAAAGGCGUAUAUUAUGAGGAACGACGAGGCUGUAUGUCGCUUGGCGAGCCUGCUCACCGGCAACCGGUCUCUUGCUCAAGUGGUUUUGGAGUCCCUUGUCCAGUUAACUACGACAGUUUUUGAUUGGUUCUCAGACAGUUUAGUUGGUCAGGGAGUAGCAGCCAGUCUUGGAUAAUUAUUACAUAUAAAUGAUCAGACCACGCAUACACAUGAGGGCUCUCUCCAAUUCACACAUCAGGGAUACUUUCAUACCAAAAUAUUCUACAUUUUUACUCCAUGUGAACCAAUAUUUUUUUGGUAAUACACACAAGAGGGCUUGUUAUAUUUUAUUUUAGAUUUUCUCUUAUAUCCUCAUUUAUAUUCUAAAUACAAUUAUUUAGAAUGUUAUUCUUAAUUUUAGGAAAACAAUUAAGUUAGUUAUAGUUGAAGUUGAGUUAAUUGGUGUGUAUGGUUUCCAAUUAAAGAAUCAUCUUAAAAUCCAUGUACCAUUAAAGUUAUUUUAUAAUUUUAUCUUGCAAAACUUGUAAACAAGUGUUUUUUCUAAGAGGUUUGUAAGAUUGUUUACAAUUGGUUGUUCCUCAAUGGUUCCUUAACUGGAUUUUGUAAUACACAUAUUACGUUUCCUAGCUUUAAAUCUUAUUUUAUAGUUUGCUUAUUCUUGUUAAAGUUUAAACCAUUCUUGAACUAUACUUUAUUCACAAUAUUUAGGUGGUUUGAGAGGAAGUUUCCCCACUACUUUUUUUGUAUUUAAUGUUUGUUGCUUGAUCAGCUAUUGAGCUAUUAUUUUAAAAACAAGGAGUCAAUUGGAGGGGAUAGAUUUAUUCUUCUAAAACUGCAAAAAUAUUGUGAACGAAGAAUAGAAAAAUGCACAUGUGAUAAAUAUCAUAAUGUAAGUUUAUUUAAGUUAGUAUUGUUUAGAAAAAUAGGUUUUGUUUAUGAAGAAUAAACAAAUUUAGAAAAUACCAAGGCGUGCUUUAUUAUUUAUAAUUUUGUUACUGAAUAAACUCUUUGACUAAGACAAAACUUGUACUUCUUUCUAGUCUUAUAUUGAAUACUUUGAAUUUUACCUUUUGUAUAUAGUUUUAAUAUCUGUUGUAAUAUUAUAAUUUCUAUUAUCUCUUGGGGAAAGUUACUCUACAAACAAUAAUAAUAAUGCAGAUUGUUAAAAGCAAAGUAUCAUACUAGUAUUUAUGUAUAUAAAUGAUUUCCUGUGAUAUAUUAUUUUACGAAUAACGUUAAAAAAAUCAAUAUGGCAAAUCAUCAGGCAUUAAAUUUUAGGCUUGGCUGCACCUUUCUUUACUCGAUAAAUUUCUUUAUUUGGGAUCUCUCAAAGAGAUACAAUGGCGUCACAAACAAUGUCAGUGGAGCCUAAAACUCAAACCCAACGCUUUAAUAAAAUUUGUCUGUAUGCUUGAACUGCCUUCCCAUGUCUCUCUAAUUGUGUAUUACAGAGACAAGGGAAGGCAGUUCAAACAAGAAUAAGACCAAUGUGGAUGGUUGGGCUGAUACAAAAGAAGCAUAAGGAGAAUGUCUGAUCAAAUAUAAUAAUACCUCAGGUCUAACCUCAAACUCAUGAUUGAGAUCCUUUCCAUAGUUCUGUUAUUUAGUAGUGUAGCUUUUAAUUGAGCAGUUUUCUAAAAAUCAUUUGACUCGGAUCAUAACAUAAUAGUAUUUUUAAUCGUUGAGAAUCAUAACAUGAGUACCUACCUAAAUAUAAUUUUCUAUAAUUUAAUUUUAAUUCUUAGCUAGGCUGUGUUUAGCCUUUUAGAGUGCUUUGCACCAUACGGUUCAUAGGAUGUUCCAUGAGGAUUUCCAAAUAAAUAUUCCAUGACAAAUAAUUACUCACUUUGUAUAAGUAAUAUGUAUGAUGUUUGUAAUUCUCCAUAAACAGCUUGCACAAUCGUGUAUGUAAUAAUCAAGAAGCUAUUUAAUAAUUAGCCUAUAAAGUUAGUCAUGUCCAGCUAGUUUCUUAUGUUACUGUUGUAUCCAUGAAAUGUUAUCUGUUUAAUAAAUUGAAUGAAUUAA